UUAAAAAUAAUCAAAAGUUAUAUUUUUCAUAAAAUUUUUAUUAUCAAAAGAAAAUGUUUUUACAGACAAUAUUACUAUCAUUGUUUGUUGGGUUUAUUAUCACUGAUUAUAUCAAUGAUCGCAAUCAGACAUUUGUGGCCAUCGAUAGUCAGUUGGAUGAAGUAAAGGAAGUUUUGGCGUUUGCUUUUGAUGCCAAUACUACCAACAAAGAGACCGUUUUGACUCACAUUUACAAACAUAAUGGCAAUCAAACUAUCUAUCACUUGGAGUUUCGCAUCGAUUACUACCGUCAAUGCGAUCCAAAUGAUACCAGUGUUUGGGUGAUUAAGACACCAAAAGGAUGUAAAACAUCAUCUAAUUGUGAUACAGAUGUUAUCAAAACUAACUCAACUGAAACACCCUAUCAGUCCGUUUCAAUACAUUGUGUGGCUUAACGACUAUGUAUUUCUAAUAAAUAUCUCAAAUAAAAUUAUCA